CUCGUACCAGCCCUUACCAGCACUGAACACUAAGCCUCCCUCUUCUUCUCCUCCUUCGAUCUUCAUUAAACAUCACCACUGCACACGCACUUCUCCCUCCUCCCCCCCCCUCUCCCGCGAGAUUUCACAUCCACCGCCUUGGUCUCCUCCUAGGGCAAUAUCACAACUUUGCGACUCUAUCGCCACGACUCCGCCGCUCGUGGAUGUGCGCUUCGGUCUCUCGGCCUGGGCUUCAUUGAUCGGCCUUUCGCACCGAACGGUGUGCUCGUGAAGCAACUAGGGCCACCACCAUGGCAUCCAAUCUGCCAACCCAGCCAAAUCUUCGAGUCACGAUUAUCGCUGCAGACGGUCUUUACAAGCGCGAUGUCUUCCGUUUCCCCGAUCCCUUCGCGGUGGCUACCGUUGGCGGCGAGCAAACUCAUACGACUUCUGUGAUUAAGAAGACCUUAAACCCAUACUGGAAUGAGCCCUUUGACCUGCGAGUCAACGAAGACAGUAUCCUUGCGAUUCAGAUCUUUGAUCAAAAGAAGUUCAAGAAGAAGGAUCAAGGUUUCUUGGGUGUGAUCAAUGUGCGCAUCGGCGAUGUCAUCGAUCUUCAGAUGGGUGGUGAUGAAAUGCUUACUCGGGACCUCAAAAAAUCAAACGACAACCUUGUCGUCCACGGGAAACUAAUCAUCAACUUGUCGACUAACCUCACUGCCACGACCCAAAACCAGGGCAACGGAGUUCAACGUCAGCAGGCACAGUCGUCCACCUCCAGCGGUCUCGUGCCCCAGGUCGCGGCUUCGACUUCCACACCACAAGCCGGUCCCAGCCAUCUCGAUACACCUCCAGCUGCGUCCAGCUCAUCGCUCAACAACCGGCCCUCCGCCACUGGACCCCCGCCCGGUGCUCCAAAUGGAUCCGCCCCGCCUGGCGCCAAUGCUCCUUCGCGCGCCAAUUUAAGUUCAUUCGAGGACAGUCAAGGUCGACUACCUGCCGGAUGGGAACGCCGAGAAGAUAACUUAGGACGGACGUAUUACGUGGACCAUAAUACGCGCACCACGACCUGGUCGCGGCCAUCUGCCAACUACAACGAACACACCCAGCGCAGCCAGCGUGAGGCGAACAUGCAACUGGAGCGUCGCGCUCACCAAAGCCGAAUGCUCCCCGAAGAUCGCACCGGCGCCAACUCCCCCAACUUGCCCGACGGCCAACAGCCUGCUACACCACCACCUGGUUCCGCAGCUCCCUCCCCCGCUGCAUCUGGUGCUGGUGCCGCUGGCGCAGCAGGCUCUCAUGCCAACGCGGUCUCCAUGAUGGCCACGGGAGCAACCACUGCAGGCACUGGAGAGCUUCCGCCAGGAUGGGAGCAAAGACAAACCCCGGAAGGACGAGCGUACUUUGUUGAUCAUAAUACGCGAACUACGACCUGGGUUGAUCCUCGCCGACAGCAGUACAUCCGCAUGUACGGACAAAACCAGAACCAAGGCGGAAACAACACUACUAUUCAGCAACAGCCCGUGUCUCAACUCGGGCCUCUGCCCAGCGGCUGGGAAAUGCGUCUCACCAAUACUGCUCGUGUCUACUUUGUGGAUCACAAUACCAAGACUACUACUUGGGACGAUCCUCGACUGCCUUCAUCACUGGAUCAGGGUGUUCCGCAGUACAAGCGUGACUUCCGUCGCAAGUUGAUCUACUUCCGCUCGCAACCUGCCCUACGGAUUAUGUCUGGACAGUGCCACGUUAAGGUCCGCCGUAAUAAUAUCUUUGAGGAUUCGUACGCCGAGAUUAUGCGUCAGAGCGCCUCCGACCUCAAGAAGCGCUUGAUGAUCAAGUUUGACGGCGAAGAUGGUCUCGACUAUGGCGGUCUUUCUCGUGAAUUCUUCUUCCUUCUUUCCCACGAAAUGUUCAAUCCCUUCUACUGUCUCUUCGAAUACUCCGCUCACGACAACUAUACCCUCCAAAUUAAUCCCCACUCUGGCGUGAACCCUGAGCAUCUGAACUACUUCAAGUUCAUCGGCCGAGUAGUCGGCUUGGCAAUUUUCCAUCGCCGUUUCCUGGACUCGUUCUUCAUCGGUGCCUUCUACAAGAUGAUGUUGCGAAAGAAGGUGACGCUACAAGACAUGGAGGGUGUCGAUGAGGAUUUGCAUCGCAACUUGGCGUGGACCUUGGAUAAUGACAUUGAGGGAAUUGUUGAACUCACUUUCUCCGUGGAUGAUGAGAAGUUUGGCGAGCGUCGCACUAUUGACUUGAUACCCGGUGGUCGGGACAUUCCCGUCACCAACGAGAACAAGCCGCAGUAUAUUGAACUCGUGACGGAAUGGAAGAUCAUGAAGCGAGUCGAGGAGCAGUUCAACGCAUUCAUGUCCGGAUUCAACGAGUUGAUCCCGGCAGACCUUGUCAACGUUUUCGACGAGCGUGAGCUGGAGUUGCUCAUCGGUGGUAUUGCCGAUAUCGAUGUCGAUGACUGGAAGAAGCACACCGAUUACCGCGGUUACCAGGAGCAGGAUGAGGUUAUCCAGAACUUCUGGAAGAUCGUUCGCAGCUGGGAUGCCGAGCAGAAGUCGCGUCUGCUCCAGUUCACCACCGGUACCUCGCGUAUCCCAGUCAAUGGUUUCAAGGAUCUGCAGGGUUCGGAUGGACCGAGACGGUUCACCAUCGAGAAGUCGGGUGACCCUGCGGCGCUGCCCAAGUCUCACACUUGCUUCAACCGUCUGGAUCUGCCUCCGUACAAGACCCACGAGGCCCUGGAGCACAAGAUGUCCAUCGCGGUGGAGGAGACGCUCGGAUUUGGACAGGAAUAGAGAGAUACCCCCCCAACCCCUCCCCUGCUUUACUUCUGCGCCGUUGUACAAUGCAAUGCAGGUAAAUUCUUUUCCGGGCUUCUUUCUCAUCUUUCAACACUUGCAUCCCCCUUCUAGCUCUAGUAACUCUCUUCGUUUCUAUACCCCUACUCCCAUAUUCAACUAUCGCUCUCCACACUUGUUCUCGUCCUUGUCCAUGUCUCCUCGUCCUUAUCUACUAUCCUCGAUCGACUUGCCCUCUCUUUCUCAUUCUCACAUCUCCAUCAUGCGUCUCAAUUCCGAACUCCUCGACCCCCCUCUCGUUACUCACAUCCACCCCUACGGAUCACCGCCAUCCCUUCCAAUCGUUGCUCCUCUAUUCCCCCGUCACCUAUCUUCUUCUACCCUUAAAUAAGGGCUGUGUGUAGUGAGACGGUCUAUGAUGCAUCCUCGUCAUUACUUCGGUCUGCCUGCCUUUACCUUUGUGUUGCUUGUUGCGUGCUAGGUGGCGCUGUGUGUUUUCCAGUUUAGUUCUCUAGUUGUCAAGUGCGCUUUUUUCUUCUCCUCUUGCGUUUUUCCUUUCUUCUUUCCUCGCACCAAGUUGUUUAUGUAAAUAGGGUUUGAAGGAGAUGGAUUGGGUGUUAAUUUUUUUUUCCUUCUCUGUAUCAUCGUCGAGUGAGAUGUGCACGUUUUGUUGAAUUUAUGACCGUGGAUAGCGGGGUUUUUUGUCUCUCCUGAUAUCUGCUUUCCAAGGUUCGAGUAACAUGUUCUCUCUACAGUCUGUCUUUUGGUGGUAAUGUAGCUUCUAGACUGCGUCGGUAGGUAGAUAUUUCAUGCAUGUAAGUAUCGGUAUCUUGUCCAGCAGACAUUACCUAUCACAUGG